UUGGAUGGUUUUAUCUUCUAAUUCUGGGGAUUUCCCUGCCACAUUUAAAAGCUGAAUAUACUGCUCUCUCUCCUUCAUUCCUUUGCUUUGCUUUGAUGGAUAGAAGAGUCUCCUCCACCAUCAAUUUUGCUAAUGAUGAAGCAGAGUCAUGCUUUUAUGAGAGUGAUGUCUCUGCUGUCCUUGGCUACAUAAAGCAAAUGCUGAUGGAAGAGGACACAGAAGAAAAGUACAGUAUGUUCCAUGAUUCCUUAGCUCUGCAACAUACUGAGAGAUCAUUUUAUCAGGUUAUCACUCACCAAACAUCUUCUUCACCUUCUUCCACACACCAUCAUCAUGUUCAGAGUUUCCCCAGUUUCAGAGUGGAGAGUCCUGACCAAAAUGUCUCUGGUUGCUCCAGUGAUAACAGUUCUGGUAGUUAUAGUUAUGGCAGUACAUCCAUCUCCUCCGAGUCUCAGUGGAGUGUUGACUUUAACACCCCUGCACUGCCAAACACUUUUACCUUUCCGGAUACCUUUGUUUCCCACUCAAAUUCAUCCUCCACCGCUCAAUCUUCCAUGAAUACUGGAUUUGGAAUCUUGGAUAAUACCCUUCUUGAUUCUGCAUUUCAAGAGCAAUUCAAGAGAGGUCUUGAACAAGGUACCAGAUUCCUUCCUAAACAUACUCCAUUCGUUGUUGACACGGACAGCACAGCCUUUUCCCCUUCUUUCACAAUGGUUCCAACUGUGGUAAUCAAGACAGAAGCAGAAGAAGGUGUUGAAGAGGAGCAUUUUCUGUCUGUGUCAAGAAGGAGAAACCGGGAUCAGGAAGAGUAUGAGGCAGAUGGGAGAAUCAGGAAGACAUCAGCAACGUACACGGAUGAAAGUGAGCUAUCUGAAUUGCUUGAUAAAGUGGUGCUAGGCACUGGUUUGGGAAAAGGGGUGCCUUCUGACACAGGCCUUUACCAAAAUGAUGCAACAUUAUUAACAAACAUGUUUGAUGUCAGGAAAAGUAGCGAGGAAGUUGUGGAUCUGAGGGCACUAUUGAUGCUUUGUGCACAAGCUGUUGCUUCUGAUAGUGCUUCAUUUGCAAAGCAACUACUGAAGCAGAUUAAGCAGCAUUCUUCUCCAAUAGGGGAUGAUACUCAGAGGCUUGCACAUUACUUUGGAAAUGCCCUUGAAGCAUGCUUGGAUGGAACCGGUUUCCAGGUUUAUCGUGUUCUAUCCUCCAAAAGAAUCUCUGCCAAAGACAUGAUAAAAGCUUACUGUGCAUAUGCUUCGGUGUGCCCGUUUGAAAAGCUUACAAUCAUUUUUGCCAACAAAGCAAUUUGUUUUCUAUCUGAGAAUGCAGAAACUGUUCAUAUCAUAGACUUUGGUAUCCGCUAUGGCUUCAAGUGGCCUUCGCUUAUCAGCAUCCUGUCAAAACGUCCCGGUGGACCACCCAAGCUUCGCAUCACGGGGAUAGAUCAGCCGCAGCCAGGUUUCAGGCCAGAGGAGAGGGUUCUGGAAACCGGGCGUAGACUCGAACAUUAUUGCAAGCGUUUCAAUGUUCCAUUUGAGUUCAAUGCCAUUGCAAGAAAAUGGGACACCAUCAGAGUCGAGGACCUCAAGAUAGAGAAAAACGAGUUCGUAGCAUUGAACUGCAUGUUUCAGUUGGAGCAUCUACUUGACGAGUCUGUGGUGUUGGAUAAUCCAAGAGAUGCUGUUUUGAGGUUGAUCAAGAAGGCAAACCCUGACAUAUUUGUGCACAGCAUUGUCAACGGCUCCCAUGAUGUUCCAUUCUUUGUGUCACGGUUCCGAGAGGCUCUCUUCCACUACUCUGCACUGUUUAACAUGCUUGAAACCAACAUGGACCGUGAAGAUCCUACGAGGUUGAUGUUUGAGAAGGAGUUGUUUGGACCGGAGAUCAUGAACAUCGUAGCUUGUGAAGGUUGUGAGAGGGUUGAGAGGCCACAAACCUACAAGCAAUGGCAGCUUCAGAACAUGAGAAUUGGGUUUCGGUUACUUCCUUUGGAUCAACGAAUCAUUGACAGAAUGAAGAACAGGUUGAGACAGGAUGGGCACGACACCAAUUUCAUGCUUGAGGAGGAUGGUGGUUGGGUGUUACAAGGUUGGAAGGGUCGAAUUGUACAUGCUUCCUCUUGUUGGAUUCCGGCAUAGUGUAAUUUCCAACUUCAAAAUCUAGUCUUACACAUAACUGCUACUUUCCUUCGACUCACUACCUCAUUUCAUGUUUCAUAUCAGCAAAAGCAAAAUUAUGAGUCAGUCUCUACCGACAUGUAGUUUGUUUUCUACUUACAUAUCUAACAAUCAUAGGUUCCAGAAAUGGAGGAUAUGUCCUCGAUGUCUGUACCUUCUCCACAUGUAUGUGUCCACAAGAAAAAUAGAUGCUAAUAAACUUUUCAAGAUCACUUUACCUAUUCAAACGUGAUAGGAUAACUUUUUAGUAUCUUUUUAAGUUUUUUUUUCUUCACGCUUGAUGUAAAUACGAUGAUAUUUAUAGGUUUCCAAUAUUACCUUA